CGCAGUUUUGUUGCAGCUCGUACUGCUGCAUUUCAAGUUUCCAGUCGAAAGGAACACGUCCCCGGGGUUCACCAUUCCCGAUCGCAGCCAACGCGAACUGUGAGCUCUUCCGGUUGAAUGAUUUCGCUCGAGCCGCAGCCGUAACCGCAUCCGUGCUGAGGCGAACUACUUCUACAGACUCCGGCGAGUAGAGGGAGCACACGGCGAUCGUGCCAGAAAGAAGCGCGCACGAUCGCAGCACAGGGAAAAAAGGCAGAAGAUCGUCCGUCAUCCCCGACGGUUUUAGACGCACACCCCAAACGGAGCGUACCCCUUGAACUAACCUGCAAUUGCAUCACCCAUCUCAUCAACACCACCACCAGCAGCAUCAAAAUGCCUGUGUUCCACACAAAAACCAUCGAGAGCAUCUUGGAGCCAGUGGCUCAGCAGGUCUCCCGGUUGGUGAUACUGCACGAAGAGGCGGAAGAUGGAAAUGCUAUGCCGGAUCUCGGCCGGCCAGUACAAGCCGUGUCGCUGGCAGUGACAAAUCUGGUCCGCGUUGGGCGCGAAACCAUACAAAACUCGGACGACGACAUUCUCAAGCAGGACAUGCCAUCGUCGCUGACGCGCGUUGAAACGGCCGCCCAGCUGCUGGAGGAGGCGUCACUGAUGCUCCGUUCGGAUCCCUUCUCCGGCCCGGCGCGCAAGAAGCUGAUCGAGGGUUCGCGUGGCAUCCUGCAAGGUACCUCCUCGUUGCUGCUGUGUUUCGACGAGUCCGAGGUGCGCAAGAUCGUGCGUGAGUGCAAGCGCGUGCUCGACUAUCUGGCCGUGUCGGAGGUGAUCGACACGAUGGAAGAUCUGGUGCAGUUCCUGAAGGAUCUCAGCCCGUGCCUCAGCAAGGUGACGCACCAGGUGAGCGCGCGUGAGAAGGAACUGACGCAUCAGGUGCACAGCGAGAUACUGGUGCGCUGUCUGGAGCAGUUGAAGAUUCUCGCUCCCAUCCUGAUCUGCAGCAUGAAGGUGUACAUCCUGAUUGCGGAGCAGAGCGGCAAGGGUUCGGAGGAAGCGGCAGAGAACCGGAACUACCUAGCGUCGCGGAUGAGCGAGGAGCUGCAGGAGAUCAUUCGCGUGCUUCAGCUAACGACGUACGACGAGGAUCAGAGCGAGCUGGACAACCUGACGGUGCUGAAGAAGAUCCACAACGUGAUCAACAACAAGAUGGAGGCAGCCAACGAUUGGCUGCGCAAUCCGUACGCACUGCGUGGCGGUGUCGGUGAGAAAGCCCUCCGGCAGAUCGUCGAGAAUGGGCUGAAGGUGGCCGACCGUUGCCUGCCGCAGGACUCGCACAUCCUGCGAAAACUCGCGGGAGAUAUAAGUGCAAUGACGAACACGCUGUGCGAUUUGCGCCAGGAUGGCAAAGGAACGACACCACACGCGGACAACAUCGCGCGCGACAUCCGUGACAAACUGGGCAACCUGGAGCAGUCGGUGCUAAACGCGAUCAUGGGAGUGGACAAGGCAGGUCUUCAGCAGACGGCGCACACCGUGCAGGGCCGUUUGGAGCAGGCAUGCCGCUGGCUGCAGAACCCCACGCAAGACGAUCGUGGACUGGGCGUGCGUGCCAUCGCGCUGAUCGUGGAUGAAGGCAGGCGCGUUGCAGACGGGCUGGGUGGACACCAGAAGGCCGAAAUGAUGCAGCUGUGCGACGAGGUGGAACAGCUGGCCCACGAUUUCUCGCAGAUGUGCGCCAACGGUUUGGGCCAUACGCCACAGGCUCAGGAGAUUGCGCGUCGGCUGAACGAGAAGCUGCACGGCCUGAAGAAGCAGAUUCAGGACGCCGUGGUCAAUCGGGUGGUGGAAGAUUUCAUUGACAUCUCCACCCCGUUGAAGCAGUUCAUGGAGGCGGUCGCACAGCCGGAAGGCACGCCAGGGAGGGAGCAGAAUUUCAACCAGAAAUCAAACCGCCUGCAGGCCUUCAGCGACCGUGCUUCGAAAACGAGCCGCAUGGUGGCCGCCGGUGGUUCGGGAGGCAAUAAAAAGCUCGCCGAGGUGCUGCUCGCAUCGGCCAACCAGGUCGACAGCCUGACGCCUCAGCUCAUCUCGGCCGGGCGCAUUCGGAUGAACUACCCGACGAGCAAGGCGGCCGAGGAACAUUUGAACAACCUCAAGCAGCAGUACGCCGAUACGAUCCUGCGCAUGCGGACACUGUGCGAUCAGGCCACCGAUCCGGCCGACUUUAUUGAAGCAUCCGAGAAGCAGAUGCAGAAGCAUUCGUUCUUGUGCGAUGACGCAAUCCGCACGCGCCAGCCGCAGAAGAUGGUGGACAACACGUCGAGCGAGGCACGACUGGCCAACCGUGUGCUGCUCGUGGCCAAACAGGAGGCCGACAACUCAGAAGACCCGGAGUACAUUACGCGCGUGAACGGCGCCUCCGAUCAGCUACAGGGUUCGAUUUCGCCGAUGGUACAGGAAGCGAAAAAUGUAUCCACUAACAUCGCCGACCCGGUGGCCGCUUCAAACUGGCGCGAAGCGAACAAAGCGCUCCUGCAGAGCGUCCGCAACGUACGUGGUGCCAUCACCCACGCGCCCGACGUUCCGGAAAUGCCCGACCUGACCCAACUGCAGCUGCACUCGAACGAGACGGUUCCACCGCCGCGGCCACCACUGCCGAGAGAAAACGUUCCACCGAUGCGUCCACCGCCUCCGGUCGUGCCCGAGACAGACGACGAGGAUGAUGUAUUCCAGGCGGGAAGCAUGCCUCACGCUAACCAGCCAAUCCUGAUGGCUGCCCACGGGCUGCACCAGGAGGUACGCCAGUGGUCGUCGAAGGACAACGAAAUCAUUGCCGCGGCUAAGCGUAUGGCCGUCCUGAUGGCACGCCUCUCGGAGCUGGUGCGGGCCGACUCGAAGGGCAGCAAGCGGGAGCUGAUCGCCACUGCGAAACAGAUCGCCGAGGCGUCGGAAGACGUGACACGGUUGGCGAAGCAACUGGCACGCCAGUGUACGGACAAGCGUAUCCGCACGAACCUCCUGCAGGUGUGCGAGCGCAUCCCGACCAUCGGCACACAGCUGAAGAUUCUCUCCACUGUGAAGGCCACCAUGCUGGGUGCCCAGGGCUCGGAGGAGGAUCGCGAGGCAACGGAGAUGCUUGUUGGCAACGCGCAGAAUCUUAUGCAGAGUGUCAAGGAAACGGUACGCGCCGCGGAAGGUGCCAGCAUCAAGAUCCGAUCCGAUCAAACCAACCAACGACUACGCUGGGUACGUCGACAGCCCUGGUAUCAAUACUAAUUUACCACCAGGCCAGGUCGGAGUUGUCCUCCCAGUUCUAGUCUGUGUGUUGUUGUCCUCCACCACCACCACCACCACCACCUUCCAUUCAAAUCCACUGCUCGCGUUAUGGUGAACAUCACCCAUGUUCGCCCCAUGUGUUCUUCCAAUUUGUCUUCUAACAACGGUCAACCGGUGUGCGUAAGUUCUGCGUUACUUAGUUGCGUUUAUUUGGAUGUAGGUACCAAUCUGCUACUUACAAUGUAGUAGCUCCAUCGAAGGUAAGAGAGUUGGUGCAAGUUAAAUAACACAAUCAUUUUAAACUGUAGCAGUUCGAUGUGGAAUUGGAGAUAUCUUUUAAAUCAACUAGAACGACAAGAGUCGAACAAUUCAAACUACAUAAAGGAGAAGAGAUUUCCUGUAUGAAGAGAUUAUAAGAAAAGAAAGUUGAAAACAGUUGUUGCCAAAUAUUACAAAGUGAAAUCACAAUGGAUCCCGGAAUUCCUUGUUCUGCUUAUCUCGCGGGUCGUGUGUAAUUAAUAGACGCAGUUGUGUGGUUGCUACACGGUUUUAACACGUUUCUGUUGGCGCGUCAACGAAAAACAAACUCCGUACAAAAAGAGAACCGAACGUGUGAUGAACAGUUUGAUCUUUAUACCGAAAUUAGCUUUAACACCAUAAACAAAUUAAAAUACACGCACUGCACAUUCUCGAUAUGAUAUGCAAAAAGGCAACAACGAAGAAAUGAAAGAGAAAAGAGGUAUUUAUAAGGAAUGGAAUGUUUGACUAACGGGGGGCAAACUUAAACUAUUAUAUAAUCGUUAAAAUGGAUUUAAACAAGUUGUCUAACUGAUGUUACGUGUAGAUAAUGCUAAUAAUGUAGAAUCGAAGAAAAAGCAGCUAAAUUAUCGCUUACUCACAGAGUCAAAACCCCGAUCCGAAGGCCGGCUGUGAGCCGUUAUUGAAAUGUUGUGCUAAAUUACUAAUUUAAAAACAAAGAUUUGCAAAUGUUCGCUAUACCACUACAAAUUGGACAACAGUUGACAAGGUGUGUCAAAAAAAAAAAAAACCAAGUAAGUUAAUUAUCCAAGAAACGUGACCGCGAUAAGGUGUUUCAAAUGUGCCUACUGUGUUUUUCUGUUGCCUUUCUAUUUGCGUUUUCCCUUGAGCAGUGCAAUAAUAAUACGAAGAAACGUACUACAUCCUGUUAAAUGUACCAAGAAAAGAAAACCGGGUAACAAUUAUCGGCAGAGUAUGCGUUCUCAUUGCUAGUGUUAAAUGUUAGACAUAUUCUUACAACGAGUUUGUUCGUGCUCUUACCCCGAUUGAUUGCAAUCAACUAAGUUUUUACGUACCAAGUAGUCCCCGUCCUCCCGGUUGUGCUUGUUUUCCCUAGACUAAUCGUAUUACCACUCCAAGCAAUAGUGGUCGCGGCAAACCGAAACCACAACACUAAUGAACAAUCGACCAACCAGACUUACCAGCCACAAAACAAUAUGAUAGAUCAUAGAUGCAGAACGCUAAUUGCAAUCAACGCAUUUUUGUAGAUGAAUUUAAGCCCUACUUCUAUACAACCGAUGCCAAUAGUGCGUGUUAUUUAUGCAGACGAAUGAAUGAAGCGGAGGAAAAAUGGAACGUAGAGGAAGAGCAGACUUGCUUGGCCGGAUAUCUUUGAGACGGCAUCGGAAUUAUGGGUGAGGAAAGUAAAACCGGAUUGAGAACGAACACUUGGAUGAUCGCCUUACUCGCAUGAAGCGAAUAGCGUGAAACUAUGGAUAGAUUUGUAACUAUAUUAACAAGUGCCUAUUUAUUGUUAUAACUACUGACAAAACACACUUUCAUUCUAUAAUACGUUCUCUUUUUCGAAUAUUGUUUUUUACUUGAAAAGUGUAGUGAGAAGAAAUAUAUUAAAAAAUACUACCACGCGUA